AUGUGUUUGCCUAUGACGCUUUGGUCCACUCCAAGGGGAAUUGGAUGCAGCGUGUUGCUGUGCCCUGUCUCGAAGCUCUGCACUCAAUCCUUGCCCAUGACUAAAACUUAUGUGCUCUCCAACUGCCCAUCCACCCCACCACCGGAUCCAGCUAAGCAGCCACCGCUUCCCGAUGGGCAUGUACAUGAACCUGUAUUGAGUGCUGCCAUGUCGAAAGCAGGUGGAUCAAUCCAUUCGGGGCAAUGUGGGGGAAUAUAUAGUCAUCCUUUUCAACUUUCUGGUUGGGUUGGAGUUUUUGGAGGUAUGCCCGCCAUUUUGAAAGUUAUAACCAGCCCUAUUAUACACCUUCAAAACGCACUUGAGAACGUCGAAAACGCUUAA